GUAUUCUUUCAAUAAUUAAAUGUUUACUGCCGAACUUCAAUUGCAUUGAACAUUGAUUUGUUCUCUCUGCAGACUCGAAAAAAAAAAAAAAAGAAGAUUACCAGACUUAAGCAAGCACUGGUAGUGAAAAACAAGAUAUUGAAGUGAAGAGGAUUGAAGAAUAUUGAAGAGGUUUAGAAGAAGAUUGAAGGAGAUUGAAGAAGAGAUGGAAAGUUGUUUAACUCAUUUGGGGAAGACAUGUGUAGAGAAAUCGAUAAAUGGGACAUUAGCAAAAUUACGUGAUGUAUUUUGCUUCACAUGCAUUUCUAAUGAAAUCAAAGAAGAAAAGGUUUGGCUCGAAGGAGAAAUAAAAGCACAUGAGAGUUUUCUGUCUAAAUAUUACAUUUCUUUUCCAAGUAGAGAGACAAAAUAUAAACAGCUGCUCCAUGCACUCAAAGAUGAUAACAACCAUAUAAUCGUAUUGCAAGGGAGGGGUGGCAUCGGAAAAACUACCUUUGCCAAAAAAGUUAGUGAAGAACUAAAAGAAUCUGCACAAUUCACUCACGUCAUUGAGACAACGGUGUCGUUUACUCCUGAUAUAAAAAAAGUUCAAGAUGCUAUUGCUCGAAGUUUAGGAAUGGAAUGGAAGGAAUGGGACUCAGACAGAUCGACGAAACUAUUGAGCCGAAUAAAAAAUGGUGAAAAUAGUGAGAAAAUUCUUCUAAUAAUGGAUAAUGUAUGGGAUCAAGAGUUACCUGUUGAUUUACAUCUAAUAGGAAUUCCAAAACCUGGAAAAUACGAUGGUUGUAAAUUUCUUAUAAUUACACGGAAUAAACAAAUAUCCAGUAAAAUGAAAUGUGAUAAGAAGAUUGAAUUGGAGCUCUUAUCUGAAGAAGAAUCAUGGACCAUGUUCAAAAUGUAUGCCGGUAUAAGCAAUAGUCUUUCAAAAAAUUUGAUCACUAAAGGAUUUAAAAUUGCCAAGGAAUGCAAACAAUUACCGGUUGCAAUUGUUGUUCUCGCUGGAAGUUUAAAGGGCCAACAACAUCGUAUGCAGGAGUUGGAUGCUACCUUAAAAUCCUUGACGAAGAUUGUGCCCAAGGACAAUGUUGAUGCUGAAAUGGUUGAAAUUUAUAAAUGUUUGAAGUUUAGCUAUGAUUAUAUGAAGGAUGAAAAAGCCAAGGGGUUAUUUCUCUUAUCUUCUAUAUUUCCAGAAGAUAAAGAAAUUCCUAUUGAAAUUUUAACUAGACUUGGAAUUGGAUCGGGCUUUUUUGAAGAUUAUGAUAGCUACAAUGAUGUUCGAGACCAAGUAGUUAAAGCCAAAAACAAACUCAUAGACUCAUGUUUAUUGAUGGAGGUCAAUGAAGAAUAUGUAAAAGUGCAUGAGUUGGUUCGUGAAGUGGCUCAAGAGAUUGAAAACAAAGAGAUUGGAAGUGUAAAUUUGUCGAACAAAGGUAAAGAAUCAUCUGUUCAAAGGAAAAUAAAUAUUAAAUAUUUAUUUUGUAAAGGGAAGGACACAGAUUUGUUUUCCUAUAAGUAUGGUUCCGAACUUGAGAUUCUAGUUCUCGACAUGGAAAGAGAUGAAGACUGUAAACGUAUUGAAGUUUCAGAUUCUUUUUUUAAAAAUAUUGGCAAGCUUCAAGUUUUGUACUUUAUUGGUCAUGACAAAAGAUCGAUAUCAUUUACACGUUCAAUUCCAUCAUUGACAAAUAUUCGAUCUAUAUUGGUUGAUGGAGUUGAUUUAGGUGACAUCUCUGUUUUUGGAAAUCUAAAACGUCUCGAGACUCUUGAUUUGGUUAAAUGCAAAAUCAAUGAAUUGCCACAAGAAAUUGCAGAGUUGUGGAGAUUUAAAUUGUUAAACUUGGAAGAAUGUGAAAUUACAACGAAUGAUCCAUUUGAGGUUAUCAAAAAAUGCUCAAAACUUGAGGAGUUAUACUUCAUUGAUAGUUUUAAUGCUUCUUGCCAUGAAAUAACCAUACCCGAGUUGAAAAGGUAUCGUAUCGGUACAAGGUGGGUGUGGAGUAGGAGCAAUUAUUUACUAUCAAAAUGUAUGGCUUUUAUAGGUCAUGAUCGUAUUCUUUCAAAAGAAACAAUCAAGUAUUGCAUGCAAAAAUCAGAUAGUUUUCAACUAAAUGGAACUUCAAUUAAGGAGGAAUGGAGAAACCUCGUGCCUGAUAUUGUUGAUGUAGAUCAAGGUAUGAAUGAUCUCGUUGAGCUUCGUAUGAGCAAUCUUUCACAAUUAAAGUGUCUCAUUGACACAAAUGGUAUUCAAGUUCCAAGAGUAAUAUUGUCCAAGUUAGUUGUACUAGAACUAGAUGAAAUGGAAAGUUUGGAAGUACUAUUCAAUGGUUCUCUUUCUUUUGAUUCUUUGAAGAAAUUGGAGACGCUAUCAAUACGUUACUGUAAAAAGCUUCAAAGAUUGUCUACUUUCCAGCUAAAUCACUGCAAUCUAAAGACCGUGAUUCUUCAAAAAUGCGCAAUGUUGUUUAACCUCUCUUCAUUGUUAACUUCUCAGAACCUGAUGCUGCUAGAGAAAUUGGAAAUAGUUGGUUGUGAGAAUUUGACAAAGAUAAUAAAAGAUGAAAGAGGAGAAAAGGAAUUAAGAGAAGAAAUAGAUGACGAUUAUAAAUAUAACAAGCGUUAUGUUCCAAUGUUUCCAAAACUAAAAGUUCUUGAAGUUGACAGAUGUUGCCAAUUAGAAUCAAUACUUCCUUUGCUUUCCUCUCAAGACCUUCCAGUACUAGAAGCUAUAACAGUAAGCGGAUGUGAUAAGCUCAAAUAUAUAUUUGGGAAAUAUCAACAUGUUGAACUCGGUUCACUAAAACAUAUACUGCGUUGGAUAUUCCCAAAAUUGAAAACACUUUCUGUUAAAAAUUGCACGGAAUUGAAAUACAUUUUUGGGAACUACGUCGAUGACCAUCCAAACCACAAUGCAGUUCACCUUCUUCUUCCAGAAUUACAAUGCAUCAAUCUUGACUAUCUGCGAAGUUUAGUCUCCAUAUGUCCUGAACAAUAUCGCACAACAUUUCCAAAUUUGAUACAACUUAAGCUCAUUUUUUGCUCUCUGAAUAAUACAUUCGCGGAGUUCCUUUAUAUAUGGAAACGUGCUCAAUGCCUUCCAAUACAUUCAAGUAUCACGUGCAAUGUUAAAGAGAUGACGUUGUCUGGUUCUUCGAAGCUAAGUUCUGUGUUUAUGCUUUCUAUUAGUGAACGAAUGAUGGUGGAAACUUUGAGAAUUGAGAACUGUGAUGAAUUGCAGUACAUAAUAGUAGACGUUGGAGAUGAAAGUGAUGACAUUACUUGGGGCAAUGUCUUCCCAAAAUUAAAAAGGCUUUUCAUUCAAGAUUGCAAGAAAUUGAAAUACAUAUUUGGACACUACGAAUACAAUGAUGACCAUCCUAACCAGAACAAGAUUCACCUUCAUCUUCCAGUUUUACAAUGUCUUCAACUCUGCAAUCUGGAAAAUUUUGUUGCUAUAUGUCCUAAACGAUAUCGCACAACAUUUCCACCUUUGAUUGAACUUGAACUCGUGGAAUGUUCUCCGGAUAAUACAGUCAUACAGGAUUUGAGCUUGGAAAAUUUUAUUCCUUUAAAAAGUCUCGUGGUACAUAACUCCAAAGCAGAAAAUAUUAUUAGUCACAAUGAAAUAGAAAGACAACCAAUGAACUUGGGGUUGCAAAAGUCUGAGCUACAAGAUCUUCAUAAUAUGACUUGCCUUUUUGUGGGUCCUGAAAAUUCUUUUUCCCUACAAAACCUUAAACAAAUGAUAAUUGUGCGUUGUGAAAGAUUGGAAAUAGCUUUCUCUACUUCUAUUUCCAUAUGCUUACCACAAUUGGUUUAUCUAAGAAUCGAAAAUUGCGAUGAGUUGAAGUACAUCAUCAAAGAUGACAGGCAGAUUCAAAAUAUAACAUGCUUUCCAAAGCUACGAAUACUUGUUGUAAUAAAGUGUCACAAAUUAAAAUGUGUCUUUUCGGUCAAGUUACUUCCUCGGUUAAUAGCUUUGAUGAUAAGGGAAGCACAUGAGUUAGAAGAAAUAUUUAAAAGUGAAGCUGAUCAAAAAGUCAAGUUACCAAUAUUACAAGUGGUAGUACUUGAAAACCUACCAAGCCUCUUCCGCACCCAAGAAACUCAAUUUCAGGAAGUACGCAGUCGUGUUGUAGAAAAUUGCAGAAAUCUCUCUUUGACUUCAGCCACAACUAAUUAUUUCUCAUAUUGGCUUUUACUCAUUGAAAUUGGCAUAGUUGAUCCAUAUCUUAAAAACUUAUUUGCGAGAGCAUUUGAGCAAUCAAGACAAUUAAGAGGUAAGACCAAAGAUCAGAAACAAUUAAAAGAUAUUGGUAAUGAAAAUCCAAGAGCUGAAACCAAAAAAGAUACUGCUGUUGGUAUUGGGACUGAACAUGGAGCAGUAUUAGGACACGAGUCGACUUCUUCACAGUUGGAGAAAGAACAACCAACGAGUCAACAAGAAAACCAACAAGAUCUACAUGGAACAAUCAAUACUACUCAUAAACCCUCUCAGGGUGUUGAAGAAGGACAUGCAUUAACAAAUACUCAGAAAAUAACAGUUUCAACUCAUUUAGUGUUAGCCAGUGCAUCCGAAGUGGGUGAGUUGAAAAAAAAACAACUAAUGAGCCAACAUGGUUUGAAAACGCAACAAAAUGCACUUAUAGAAAUCACUACUACCGUCAAAUUCCCUCAGAAAUUGGAAAAAGAACAACCAGCAAGUCAACAAGGUUUGAUAAACCAACACGAUCUACUUGAAGAAAUCACUACUAUCGUCAAACCCUCUCAGGAAUUUGAAAAGGAACAACCAACAAAUCAACAAGGAUUGAUAAACCAACAAGAUCCACUUGAAAAAAACAAGACUAUAACCAAAACUUAUCAGGGUGUUGGAGAUGGAACUACAUUAACAAUUUUCCAGAAAAUAACAGCCCCAACUCAUUUAGAGUUAGCCAGAUCAUCGCAUGUGAGUGAGUUUGAGAAGGAACGAUCAACGAAUCAACAAGGUUUGAUAAACCAACAAGAUCCACUUGAAAAAAACAAGAGUAUAACAAAAACCUCUCAGGAAUUGGAAAAAGAAAAACCAACGAGUCAACAAGGUUUUAUAAACCAACAAGUUCCACUUGGAGAAAUUGUCAAACCCUCUCAGGAGUUUGAGAAGGAACGAUCAACGGAUCAACAAGGUUUAAUAAACCAAAAAGAUCCACUAGAAAAAAAUAAGAGUAUAACAAAAACCUCUCAGGAAUUGGAAAAAGAACAACCAACGAGUCAACAAGGUUUGAUAAACCAACAAGUUCCACUUGGAGAAGUCGUCAAACCCUCUCAGGAGUUUGAGAAGGAACGAUCAACGAAUCAACAAGGUUUGAUAAACCAACAAGAUCCACUUGAAAAAAACAAGAGUAUAACAAAAACCUCUCAGGAGUUUGAGAAGGAACGAUCAACGGAUCAACAAGGUUUAAUAAACCAAAAAUAUCCACUUGAAAAAAAUAAGAGUAUAACAAAAACCUCUCAGGAAUUGGAAAAAGAACAACCAACGAGUCAACAAGGUUUGAUAAACCAACAAGUUCCACUUGGAGAAGUCGUCACACCCUCUCAGGAAAGUAAUCUAAUAUAGAAUAUACAUAUAUAUAUAUAUAUAUGAGGUUAAUCAUACAAAUAUAACUAAUGCAUUAGUUCUUAAUACAGGAGUUUGAGAAGGAACGAUCAACGAAUCAACAAGGUUUGAUAAACCAACAAGAUCCACUUGAAAAAAACAAGAGUAUAACAAAAACCUCUCAGGAGUUUGAGAAGGAACGAUCAACGGAUCAACAAGGUUUAAUAAACCAAAAAUAUCCACUUGAAAAAAAUAAGAGUAUAACAAAAACCUCUCAGGAAUUGGAAAAAGAACAACCAACGAGUCAACAAGGUUUGAUAAACCAACAAGUUCCACUUGGAGAAAUCGUCAAACCCUCUCAGGAAAAUAAUCUAAUAUAGUAUAUAUAUAUAUAUAUAUAUAUAUAUAUAUAUAUAUAUAUAUAUAUAUAUCACUAUUUAUACUGAGGUUAAUCAUACAAAUAUAACUAAUGCAUUAGUUCUUAAUACAGGAGUUUGAGAAGGAACGAUCAACGAAUCAACAAGGAUUGGUAAACCAACAAGAUCCACUAGAAAAAAACAAGAGUAUAACAAAAAACUCUCAGGAAUUGGAAAAAGAAAAACCACCGAGUCAACAAAGUUUUAUAAACCAACAAGUUUCACUUGGAGAAAUCGUCAAACCCUCUCAGGA